CUGCAUUUCAGGUGUGCUUCAUUCAGGUACACAUGAUGCGGAGAUGCUGAAUAGUUGAUGAGAGAGUCGAGUCUGCCAGUGAUGAAGGGAAGGAGAGAAUGGAAAGUCUUGUGUUUGCGAUCCUCUUUGCUACCCUACUUGGACAAACAAGAGUGCUGGAAGAAUUACUGUAUGUGUGAGCAAGUAAUAGGGAAGAAAGGCAAGAUCAGCAUAAAAGAAGUCCAGAAAUAAAAUUGCCAGAGGGGAGCAGUGAUGUCAAAAGUGGUUUCGUGAUCAGCAUGCUUAGUCAGGGACCAGAGAUGGAAAAGCAAGCACCUGGGUCCCACGGAUGCUUUAGCUGGGAUGCAUGGAGAAAUCUGCUGCUGCCCCAGUUAAACAGGCAAUCUCUGUAUGUGUACGGCAGCGAAGUGGCUGUGGAGAAGGAGUGUAUCAGACAAAGAGAGAGAGGAGUCUUUGUCAUUCAUCCGUUCAGUCCUUUAAGGAGUUACUACAUAAUGUGCAUGGUGGCCAUAACAUUUCUGAACCUCAUUGGGAUCCCGAUAGAGAUUGCUUUUUUGGACGGUCAAGGCGGAGUGGGCUGGGAGGGAUUUAACGUCUUCUCCGAUACUCUGUUCCUUGUCGACGUGGGACUCAACUUUCGCAUGGGGUUCAUUUCCGAGGACAACGAGGCGGUCAUUCUCGAUCUGAAAUCCAUUCGCCAAAAUUAUCUAAAGAGUUGGUUUAUACCAGACAUGAUCGCAGCAUUUCCAGUGGGCUACAUCUUGCUAAUUGCGGAUCUGCAAUAUCAUGACGAUUCCCCAUCUUCUAAAGCUAGUAAAAUGGUGAGGAUCCUUAUGUUCGUGCGGAUCCUCAGCCUGGUGCGUCUGCUACGUGUCUCUCGCCUGGUCCGCUUCUUUAACGAAGUGGAGAAAGUCUCGAAUGCCAAUCUGGAGGUAGUUCGAGUUUUGUUCAGAAUCCUGUCUCUGUUCAUGAUGAUUUUUCUGCUCUGCCACUGGAACGGCUGCGUGCAGUAUUUUGUUCCGAUGCUGGAAGAGUUUCCGUCAGACUGCUGGGUCCGACGAGAAAACCUCAUGAAUGCUACAGUGGGGGAGAAAUAUUCCUUUGGUGUCUUUCGGGCACUCUCACACAUGACGGCAAUAUCGUACGGUUCCUCGGACACACCGACAAAUGAGGUCGAGCUGUGGAUCGUCAUGACCAGCAUUAUGUCAGGAGCUCUAAUGUACACUGUGCUGGUUGCCAACACAGUCGCUCUAAUGACUGAUGCAGACCUCACAACGAAAGCAUACAAGAACAAGUUGAAUCUUCUGGAAAUCUACAUGACCUCGAUGAAGCUUCCCAAAGAGCUGCGUAUGCGCAUCAGAAAUUACUUUCAGUCUCGCUAUGGGGGAAAGUGGUAUGAUGAAAAGGAUGUAUUAAACUGGGUGUCUUCAUCCAUUAAGGAGGAGAUCUUGAUGAUCAUGUGCUCGGGCCUUGUGAGAAGAGUCCCCCUCUUUUCCAACUGUGAAAUAAACUUCAUCAACGCCAUCCUUUUCCAACUGCAAUAUGAGGUGUUUCAAGAGGGUGACGUCAUCGUAUAUCAGAACACCCCUGGUGAUCGCAUGUUCUUCAUCGAGCGUGGACAGGUUGUCGUGGAGACAGAGAAUUAUCAGAUAGAGCUAUGUGAUGGGGGCUACUUUGGAGAGACAUGUCUCAUGACCAGAGGAAAACAUCUGGCUACAGUGCGAGCUCAGACUAUAUGCCAGGUCUUUUCUCUGUCUUCAGACAGUUUUUACAAAGUGCUUGAAGACUUCCCAGAGGUUAUGAAGGACAUGAAGAGAACAACCAAGGAGGCCAUCAAUUUUAUUUGAUGUCCUCAAACAUGUCUAAGCUUUAGACUAGGGGUUCCCGGCAUCACAUCAUGGAUGAGUACAUGAGGCUGAGUGUAUCAUAACUGAGAUUUCCAAAUGACAUUUAGACUCCUCUGGGUCAUCAUUUAAAGUGAUGAUUAUUUGCUUGUGAUCUGAAUGUAAAAAAAAAACCAAACAUAUUUAGUCUUACUGCCUAGAGUGCCUGUAAAUACUGCUCUCCUUUUGUCUGUAGGGAAGAAACGUUUUGUAGUCCUCGCUUUACGGUAAUGAGCAGCACUCUUUCAGGUGCACACAGCACAGAUCACUUUUAUUGAUUUUAAAAGUGUAAAAUGCGCACAUAUAAAUAUAUAUUUGUUGCAUGUGGAUAAAUUGUAUCGACAUUUAAUGAUUAAUACAAUGUUUAGAUGCUUAACAUGCAUAGCUUUUCUUUGCUAAUUCUGCCUAGCAACUAAUCAGACUCAGAUUCAGAGAACUGAUUGUUUGAUUUGUUGGAUAUAUUAAUAAAUGCUUGUUCAGAUUAAA